UUCAUAUAUUCUCUAUAUUUCAUUGACAUCUGCAUUUCUGUUAACAGACUUUGGCAGAACUUGAUAAGUGUUGGUUUAGACUUCAAUCUUCCGCAUCUAUGUAUUUAAAGAGUAAAGGAAGAAUAUAUACACUGUGCAAUAAUCAAUAAAAAUAAAUACAAUUUUAUUUUGCAGCUUUCCCGCGUAGUUAUGAACAUGGAAAAUUAAGUAAUAAAGUGGUUCCUGCAGCGACAUUAUGAAAAAUCUGAUCUGUUCACAAUAUAUGAUUCCUAUUUUUAAACCAAAUUCUAUUAGCAAGAAUGUUUUUGUUACUAUGUUACAAACAAACUUACUACAUUACAAAAAUUAUUGGAUGAGACCAAUCAAAUUUUCCAUUGCCAAGGCUGUCUUAAAGAUUAAAAUUCCUAUAACAUUCACAAUAGCAUGGCCUGCAAAACUAAAAUUUACAUCUUCAGAACAGAAAGAGAUCUUUAAACCUUCUGUUGAAGUAACCAGUGUUGCUGAUAAAUUGUUUGAAAAUGGAAAAUAUGAGGAAUGCUUCAAACUUUUAUCAAGCACAGAGGAUCAAAAUAACAUAGAAAUUAAAUGGCGCGUGUGUCGCGUUUUGUAUAAUAUAGCGAAGCAGCCUAAACAUGAUCAAGCACAUAGAGAUGAGUUGAUUUCAAAAGCCUACAGCAUUAUUGCUGAAGAAUUAGAAAGCCAUUCGGAUCAUUUUGCAGUCCAAAAAUGGUAUGCCUUAAUAUUGGACUUAAAGUGCACUAAUGAUGGUAUAAAAAGAAAGAUACAAGAACUUGCGAAUAUUAAAAAACAUAUGGAAUUGGCAAUUAACUUAAACCCAAACGAUGCUGCAUUACUACACAUGCUUGGCGAAUGGUGUUAUCAAGUGACUGAGUUUCCAUGGCACCAACGGAAAACAGCCGAAGCCCUAUACACGCCUUUACCUUACUCGUCGUAUGAAGAUGCCCUAGACUAUUUUUUAAAAGCAGAAGCCGCUCAGCCAAGAUUUUAUAGUGUCAAUUUAUUGAGACUUGGUUGUUGCUAUCUCAAAUUAAAUAAGGAGGACCAAGCAAAAUAUUACUUAAAAUUGGCUGCCAGUUAUCCUGCUAAGUCAAAUGACGAUCAUCUUGCUAAGAAAGAGGCAGCCGAGAUCUUAAGGAAAUUAAAAGUCAAGAGCGAUUUUACUAUAUCUCCCUAACUUUGGGUUUUCCAUUAUUAUUUUUAGUACUUAUUAAAUUAAUAAAAUAAACACACA